AUGUCGACCCAACCACAGAGUAUGCCCAAUGCACCCUGGCACAUUGGUAAGACAUGAUGUUCAGAGUGAAAGUUGUAAUUUUUCUAACUUUUAAUUCACAGCAAACUGUGAACUCACUCAAAAUGCUUCUAUGUAGUUUGUUUGCAUAAUUAAAUUUAUAAUCAUAAUUGUACAUUGUCUGUAUAUACUGCUAUUUAAAUUUCAUUGUGUUUUGAGCUUAUCUUAAGUAUAUUGUGUUUAUUGAGUUUAUUUUAAUUUGUGCUUAUACUGUUCUUAUGUGUUACAUCUUUUCUUUAUUUACAUUGUGUUAGAUAAUAUAUAUAUCCACCUGUGUUUUGUACCAAUUGCUAAAAAAAAAAAACAUUGUAUAUUCCAGGUGAUAGGAGACGGUUUCAGCUGGAUUUGCGCACAGUCAUGGAGGAUAUGCGGGCAGCAGAGGAGAGGCAGCAGGAAAGGAUGGAGAACCUUUCUGAGCAGCGGUUUCAGGCACUGCGUCAGGAGGCACUGUGUAGGGAGGCAGAAAUCGCUCGGCAGCAGAUGGAGCCGUUGGCUACUUUCAACCAGGCCUUCCUUGGUGUCCUAGGGCAGCUUGUUCAAGUGCUGGGAGGCAGUCGUGAUCCCAGGUCACCGCCCAGGCAGUAG